GAAAGCGAAACUGCAAAACUCAGCUUUAAACUCCUUUGGUUUCCUCCUUCAGGCCUCACUCACUGCUCAGCAACCAAAUGGAGCCGCGGCUUAAAACCAUUCAUCUCUGACACUCGCUCAGCUAUAUUCGUGAAACGCUGAUUCACACAAGCAAAAUGAGUUACAGAAGGGAGCACCGUGGUUCAAGAUCCUCUCUCUUUGAUGGCCUUGAGGAAGGCGGUCUAAGCGUGUCCUCCUCGUAUUCCCAUGAAACUAAUGAUCAUGACAAUGAAAGAGCUGUGGAGAGUUUGCAAGACAGGGUUUUAUUACUUAAGAGAGUAACGGGUGAUAUACACGAGGAAGUGGAAAGCCAUAAUCGUUUGCUUGAUCGUAUGGGCAAUGACAUGGAUUCAUCAAGGGGUGUGAUGUCAGGAACCAUGGAUCGAUUCAAGAUGGUAUUUGAGAAGAAAUCGAACUGGAGAAUGUGUACUCUUGUUAUGUGCUUUGUGGUUUCCUUCUUAAUUAUAUUAUAUCUCAUCAGUUGAAGUGCCAAGCCCAUCUUAAUGCAAUCAAAACCGAACAGCCCCAAAUAACAUCUAUUGCUGCCAGUCAUCAACGCACUCAUCUUCAUCAUCAAAACCCAACCACCCUUGGCCUGUGGCCAAAGUCAACCUUGAACAGUUGGCCAAAACAAUGACUUGACACUCCACUAACUCCAGUAACGCUAUUGAUGAGCACUAGCAGUGCCGCCUGGUCCUUGAAUUUGCCAAUAUAUGAGUUGAGGAUCAGCUUGAGAGUUGAGAGUGAGUUUUCAAAAAAUAUGACAAUAAAAACUUUUAAUCCUAUAUUGUCCUAAAAUGCAAGUUAGCUUUUUCAGCCAGGACAGACCAAAAGAACCCUAUUUUUAAACUGGUAUGUCUGGUAAGUGUACGGAUUGGUGGCUUGUACAAUAAAUUCUACUGGUUCCGGUA